CAUCAUGGAAUGCUGUGAUGUCAUCAACCGAGUCAUACACAAAGACAAGGAGGCUCUCUUGACUCUCCGCUUACUUAGCAUACUCUUGUUGUGGAGCCGCUGUUUACAUCUUACUAUGCUCCGACGAUGCCAAUAAAUUGACGUCGCAGCGUUUGCGAGAAACUAUCCACAAACAAGAGCGAGUUUAUGCUGUCUUCUUCAAAUGAGUGAAAGAGGAUCAUCGCUCGCCUUGUGUGAAGUUCAUCCAGCGGAGCAUCCUUCAGGAUUUUGGCACAUCAAGAUGUUUUGAGAGCAUGAAACUUUAAAAGCACCACUAUCCACCUCUGGAAGGAGAAACUACCUCCCUGCACCUCCUCAACCAGGUGGAACCCCCACGCUGACCCGCUGUCGAAGCUGCCAAAACCGCCGCCACAAUGCUGCAGCAGAUCCUGAAGGACAUGUACAUCGACCCCGAUGUGCUGGAGGCUCUCAACGAGGACCAGAAAAAGACGCUGUUUCUGAAGAUGCGCCAGGAGCAGGUACGACGCUGGAAAGAGCGUGAAGAAAAGCUGGAGCGAGAAGGCGAGAGGACAAAGCCCAAAAAAGCCAACGGCAAGAAUGUCAGCUGGCUGCUGGGUCGCGAUGGAGACGUGGCCGUCCUUGUCAUCGGGGAAAUGGACGAGUUGAGUUCCAAAUUCAUCUGCUCAGGAUUGGGAGAAAAGAGGGCCCCCUGUCCGCCCAACAACGCAGUCAAUCAAACCAUUUUAAAGAGCAGAGUAAACGCCGACGUCACGGCCGAGAGAGAAAACCUUCCUUCUCCGACGCAACCUGAAAUAUCCUUGAAUUUGAAGGCCAAAUAUGAGGAGGCGAGCACUUUACACCCCCUGGCGGUGUCAGUGAGUGAGCAUUCACCAGCAUCCGCGUCUGCAACUGCACACAAGGAAGAGAAGCCCAGGCUUCCCAGGAGAAGCAACGCUGUCAUCGUGAGGCCCGCUACCGCCAGCGCGGCGCCGGGACCCGUCAAUGCGAGACCCGAGGUCGCAAAUCUGAGGCAGGCCGGCGUGGCGCCCUCUCGGACGACGGCAGCUUCCAACGUGCACUUGCAGUCACGGGACUUUGAGAAGAUUGAGGAGUCACGGCAAGGCAAAGGCACUGCAACGGAAGCGCCUGGCAGGGCGUGCUCGGUCAAGGUGGUCUCAUCGGCGGGCAUGCCGCCCAAUGCCGGGCGCAGCCGAGUGGCGCAGUUGAUGAAAACCUUCAGCGUCGAUAGCGGCGGUCCGACCGCCCCGAAGUCCCCCUUGCGCGGCGUCAAGCCUCCACUUCCGACCAAGCCGAGCCACUUGUGCGUCGCCACCACUUCUUCUGUCAGGUAAUCCCCAACGCUGACCCAAAGCAUCUCAAAGAGAAGCCACACUGGACAAUGACGGACCGUGCGGAGUAGUCAGUGGGAGGACAACUCCACCAAUGGAGACUCUUGUUACAUUGCGGUCAUUACCAAAGCACAAAUAUGGAAAUGCUUGAACGUAAUGCGCUCGUUACUUGUCUGAUGCGGCUGUCGCGUUGCGUUGUGAUACGGUUUGCAUUAGAUCACGUGUGGUAUUCUUUUUUUAUCUUAUCCUGUGAGGCGGAAUAAGGUACUUAGGGACCCUUGCUUUAAUGGAGUCGCCUCAGUGAGCGUUAUUGUGGCAUGUCACAUGACCGCCUUGCCUCCGCGCGGCCUGUUGAAGACCAAUGACGGUGCCAAAAAUUCCGAACCUUUCCCAUUGGAUCAAACCCUGGCAGGUUUGAUGGUCAUUGCCAAGUGAUCCGACUCUGCUCAGUGUUACGUCUCAGUACUAUACUAAAAUUUGUACAGUGUGGUUUUUUUUUCAUACAUUUUUUUAAAAAUUCUAUAGGGACAGUGAUAUGUAAUGGACGUUUUUUUUACAUUGUGUAUGAUGAUGAGGCGCAUCGGAUGGCAAACUUGUGUGGUUGAAUCAAAAAGGCAAUAAAUGGAUGUAUUUAAAAUUCAAA